UAUUAAAGUCAAUUGAUUAUCCAAAAAGAAGAAGCACUAAAUAUAGGAGGUAAACCCCUGACAGAAUGACAUAACAAGUCAGAAUCCGAGACACAACAGACGCGCACACACUACAGCUUUUGUUGUUUCCAAACUCAGGGUUUUCAAUCUGGGCUUUUGCUUAAGAAAGAAACAUAGGGAAGUUUGAGAAAGAAAGUUCCUAUGUUUGUUGGUUCUAGUGGAUCAGAAUGGAUCGGCAAGGACAUGGACAACCUGCUUCUAUGGGAAUGGUUGGUAGUGGAGCUCAGUUGCCAUAUGGCACAAACCCUUAUCAGCCUAAUCAAAUGACUGGGGCCCCAAAUGCUGGAUCGGCAAUCACAUCAGGCGGGACAAUUCAAUCUCCUACUCAACCAGCAGGUGCUCAGCUGGCACAGCACCAACUUGCCUAUCAACAAAUCCACCACCAGCAGCAACAACAACUGCAGCAGCAACUCCAGUCUUUUUGGGCAAAUCAGUACCAAGAAAUAGAAAACGUUAAUGACUUUAAGAAUCAUAGCCUUCCCUUAGCAAGGAUCAAGAAGAUCAUGAAGGCUGAUGAGGAUGUUAGAAUGAUUUCAGCAGAGGCACCAGUCAUAUUUGCCAGGGCAUGUGAAAUGUUUAUCUUGGAACUGACUCUGCGAUCCUGGAAUCAUACAGAAGAGAACAAAAGGAGGACACUUCAAAAGAAUGAUAUUGCAGCAGCAAUUACUAGGACUGAUAUAUUUGAUUUUUUAGUUGACAUUGUGCCCAGGGAGGAUCUGAAAGAUGAAGUACUUGCAUCAAUCCCAAGAGGAAAUAUGCCCGUUGCAGGACCUGGUGAUACACGACCUUAUUGUUAUAUGCCACUGCAACAUGCUCCUCAGGUUGGGUCUACUGGCACGAUCAUGGGUAAGCCUGUGAUGGAUCCUGCAGUGUAUGCCCAGCAAUCUCACCCUUACAUGGCUCAACAGAUAUGGCCACAAGGACCAAAGCAACAGCAAUCAGCCUCAGAUCAAUAAUGGGUGUAGUAUGGAAGCCCAGGAAUGGAGGGAGGACUAGAAGCCUCUAACAACCAUAAGCUGCUUCGGUGAUUUCAGCCAAAGACUAGCAGAUUUUCUGUAAAUAAUAUGCUGAAAAGACUAGCCGAUCUUGAUUAAACCCUAUUUUCACCUGGUUGUUGUCUUUACAUUUAUUGUUGAUAAUAUGAUAUUACUGAAAGAUCAAAGAGGUGUAAGUAACAUGUCUGGAAAGAAUAGUUUUUCUUGAUUGAACCUUUUUUAUUUCUGGGUGGUUAUCUAUGCUUACUCAAACAUGUAUAAAUACUAUUUAACUUGAAAGUGAGCCUUCUACCUUUAUUACCA